AUGCUGACGCAGGUCCGGUUCCCAAGCCCGCCGCAGCCGUGGCAAUGGGGCUUCCAGGAGGUGUGCCGCAGGGCCGGUGACUUCGCCUUGGUGGGCGCGGUAGCCAUGCUACAACUGGACGCCAACGGCGUUUGCCGGGAUAGCCGAAUCACCAUUUUCGGCGCCGGCGGCACGCCGUUGAGAAUGCGGACCGCCGAGGGCAUUUUGGAGGGUAGUCAAGUUGACGCCGGCGUUCGUCAGCAAGCGGCAGAAGCAGUCAGCCAAGCGUUGGACCCUAUUUCCGACAUCCACGCCUCCGCCGAAUACCGCAAAGACGUCGGGGGCGUCAUGGCCCGCCGCGCGCUGGAGCAAGCCUUGGCAGCGUCCCCUGUCAACCCAUGA